AUGGAUAAACCAAGAAGACGGAAAAGCAAUGAGAAAAAGGUGUUUUUAGCAUUUUGCGGAUUCGUGAUUUUUGUGUUUAUUGGAUAUUCGUAUCUUUAUUAUGAAGUUGCUUGUGACUCUACUGCUUGUAAAUUGAGCUGUGGAAACAUCCAUCUUCAGCCGAUUAUCCAAGACCUUUCCCACGAUAAUGGCAAGACAGUGAAUCGAAUAUUCGUCAACGGAGAAACCUUCAUUGUCAAAUCUUCCUUUUCUUCACGCCCAGAUCCGCUAAAACGAGAGAAAUUAAAAAGAGAGCUGGAGAUAUUGGAGAAACAGAUCUUGUAUGGACAACCAGAGGUGCUAAAUACUUGUUUCAAGGGAGAAGAACUUCUUUAUGUUUUAUCCGAUGUCGGUGGAGAUCCAGUCUGCAGCGACGAAUUCGGAACCAACGACGAGUGUUUCCGCCUCGAAGAGCUACAAGAAGCGCUCGUUUCGGAGGUCAAAGUCCACGACGACGAGGUAGAACGCAACAUCUGGCGCUCGAUCCAGUCCUUUGCCGAGCUCUUUCUCCAACUUGAAGACAACAAUCUGUACAUUGACGACAUUUCUGGCUCGAAUUUCGUGUUGAACGAGAACUACCAAGCGCAUCUGGUCGAUUUGGACUCGUUGCAAGAAGAAUUCGAGCAAAGGAAAUGCGAAAAACACAGCGAUUGCGUUUCCAGCAGCGAUUAUCAUUCAAAAAACUCGUUGUUUUACAAAAUCCAUCAAUCCUGCGACGAGUUCGAGAAUCGCUGCCAGCAAAAUCUUUGCACGAAAAACGCGGCUUUGCAUACAUGCGGCUUUGGAAACUGGAUUUUGACCGGACUGUCCAAUAUCGGAGAAGAGCUCGACUUCUUUGACGAACUAAAGGAAAUCCGAUCAUGUUCUACCGCUGCUCUUGCCGAUCGCUGUUCCUUCGAAGACAUAAAAUUUACUACCCAGGAUGUUCUCAAACAAAUAUAG